AUGGGCAACAACUGUGUGGGACCAAACCUCGGUAACAAUGGUGGUUUCCUACAAUCCGUUUCCGCGGCCGUAUGGAAAACACGUCCGCCAGAGGCAAGGCUUCCUCCUCCUAAUGCCGAAGAUAAAAACAAAACUCCGACAACACCGGAAAAUGCUGUAACAGGUUCCUCGAAACCGGAGUCUUGUGCUGGUGGGAAAGUUUCUGAACAUGUUUCGGUUCAGAGCACACCUCCUGAACAGGUGAAAAUAGCAGCCGCAGAAAUAAAACCGCUCGAACAUGAAAAGCCGGUAAAAGCAGCAGCAUCUAGUGCUGUUGCUGGUGGUGGUGGUGGUGGUGAUGCGGAUAAACCUAAGAAACCAACACAUGUGAAAAGAUUAUCAAGUAUUGGACUUCAGGUAGAAUCUGUAUUGGGAAGGAAAACUGAAAACAUAAAAGAUUUUUACAGUUUGGGGAGAAAAUUAGGUCAAGGGCAAUUUGGGACAACAUUUCUAUGUAUGGCAAAAGGGACUAAUAAGGAAUUUGCUUGCAAGUCAAUUGCAAAGAGGAAAUUAACAACACAAGAGGAUGUGGAGGAUGUAAGAAGAGAGAUUCGGAUAAUGCACCAUUUGGCAGGUCAUCCGAAUGUGAUACAAAUAGUUGGUGCUUAUGAAGAUGCCGUUGCGGUUCAUGUUGUUAUGGAGUUAUGUGCUGGUGGUGAGCUUUUCGAUAGGAUUAUACAGAGAGGGCAUUAUAGUGAAAGAAAAGCUUCUGAACUUACUAGGUUGAUUUUAGGUGUUGUUCAAGCUUGUCAUUCUUUAGGGGUUAUGCAUAGAGAUUUGAAGCCGGAAAAUUUUCUGUUUGUUAGUCAUGAUGAAGAAUCAGCACUUAAGACGAUUGAUUUUGGACUCUCGGUGUUUUUUAGACCAGGUGAGACAUUUACUGAUGUGGUUGGAAGCCCAUACUAUGUGGCCCCUGAAGUUUUGCGGAAGAAUUACGGUCAAGAAUGUGAUGUAUGGAGCGCUGGGGUGAUCAUUUAUAUUCUACUCAGUGGAGUUCCACCAUUUUGGGAUGAAACUGAACAAGGAAUAUUUGAGCAAGUAUUGAAAGGAGAGCUUGACUUUAUUUCUGAUCCGUGGCCAAGCAUAUCUGAAAGUGCGAAGGAUCUUGUUCGAAGAAUGCUUAUAAGGGAUCCUAAGAAGAGGAUGACGGCACAUGAAGUUCUUUGCCAUCCUUGGGUUCAGGUUGGAGGUGUUGCUCCUGAUAAACCGCUUGAUUCCGCUGUCUUAUCUCGUUUGAAGCAAUUCUCUGCAAUGAACAAGCUCAAAAAAAUAGCCAUUCGAGUAAUUGCCGAAAAUCUGUCCGAGGAGGAAAUAGCAGGACUUAAAGAAAUGUUCAAGAUGAUAGACACGGAUAAUAGCGGACAGAUCAGUCUUGAAGAACUGAAAAAUGGCUUAGAAAGAGUGGGUUCCGUUCUUAAGGAUUCUGAAAUCAACUGGUUAAUGCAAGCGGCAGACGUUGAUAAUAGUGGUACCAUAGACUAUGGUGAAUUCAUAGCAGCCAUGCUUCAUCUAAACAAGGUUCAAAAGGAAGAUCAUCUAUUUGCAGCCUUUAACUACUUUGACAAAGAUGGGAGUGGAUACAUUACAAAGGAUGAGCUCCAACAAGCCUGUAACCAGUUUGGCCUACAAGAGGAUCAUCUAGAUGAUAUAAUACGUGAAGCUGAUCGCGAUAAUGAUGGUCGCAUUGACUACAGUGAAUUUGUUGCAAUGAUGCAAGACACUGAUUUUGGCAAAAAGGGGCUAUAAACAGCAUGAGAAAAACUAUGGAUGCCUUCAGGCAUUAGAGAACUCUUGAUCUUGCCAAAUGAGGACUUGAUCUAUAACU